UCCCUGCGCGCGCGUCGGUCCCGGGCGCACCGCGCGCAGCCUGCUUGGCUUUGGGGGAACGAGCAGCGAAGGGUCAUCAUCGUUCGUCCCGGCCGCCGCCAUGGGCCUGCUCCGGAUCCUGGGCGCGCUCCUCGUCGGCCUCGGCGCUUGGUAUUUCUACAGCCAGGACACCUUCUCGGAAGACAUGGUGCGAGGGAAGCGUGUCCUGGUGACGGGAUCAAGCACAGGAAUCGGGGAGCAAAUCGCUUACGACUUUGCACGGAUGGGGGCCCAUGUGGUGGUGACUGCCAGGAGAGAGGAGCGGCUCCGGGAGGUGGUACAGAAAUGUCUGGAUUUGGGGGCCAGCUCUGCUCAAUAUGUUGUGGCAGACAUGAGCAAUCUGACUUCUGCACAGGAGCUGGUUGAAGAAACCAAGACUUUGCUGGGAGGCCUUGACCACCUCGUCUUAAACCACGUGGGAGGAGCGGUUAGUUUUGGUCCAUUCAAAGGCGACAUGAAAGCCAUGAUGAACUCUUUGACGGUGAACUUCCUCAGCUACAUCGAACUAACCAUUUCGGCUCUCGAGAUGUUGCAAGAAUCUCAUGGGACCAUCAUUGUGAUAUCUUCCGUGGCCGGCCGCAUGCCCUCCCCGUUCUCCGUCUGGUACUCAGCGAGUAAGUUUGCCCUGGAGGGGUUUUACAGCAGCCUACGGACCGAGUUACGCCUCCGGAAAGUGGACCUGCCGAUCACGGUGGCUGUGUUGGGGUACAUUGACACAGAUAGCGCCGUGCAGAUAGUAGGCGACAGAAUCACCAUGACGGCCAGUCCGAAGGACGAGUGCGCCCGGGCGAUCGUGAAAGGCGGGGUGCUGAGGCACCGGGAAGUAUUCUAUCCUUACUGGAGCACAAAAAUCCCCCUCCUUUUCAGGGAUUGGAUGCCCGAAUACUUCGACCACAUGAUCGGCAGAUCAUACAUGGUAGACAAAAUCCUUUAAAAUUGCUGAUGUCCAGUCCAUCCAUUUUUGGCAAACUGCCUUUGAAGAACUAUCAUACAGACAGGCAAGCAAGUGGAAAAUAUAAAGAUUAAAAGCAUAAAAAGGGAAAAUUUGAAAUACAGUUAGAGUCCCUUGUCCGUGGGGUGAGUAUCCACUGAUCCGCUUAUCCACAAUCUGAAAACAUUAAAAAAUAUUAAAAUUAAAA